GUUGGAAAAAGGCAACCAACGUCCGUCGACAGUGGUAGGUAGGCGGCAUCAUCGUCUAAGGUACUUCGUCCAGGCGGGGAAUACAUGGAGGACGUUGACAUGAAGGACGAUCGCCACGACGGGUCGUUCUCUUCGCUGCAUAUCACGACUUCGAGCCACAGCAGCGAGGCCAUCGAUACCGGGACCCCCACCACCGAGUAUUGGAAACAGCAUGGCGCGUUGAAAGCUUCGUACCUUGACGAAGUGAACGCGGUGUACAACGACUUCCGUGCGCUCAUCAUGGACAGUUCAUCGGAUGAGUCGGCGGAAAGGCAGCAGCAGCUCGAGUACUACAUGGAGUUUGUCGCAUUCUGCAAGCUUGUCUUGGACGAGUCGGCCGCUUCGCAGGACGCGAUUCGCCCGUGGGAAGACCUGGCCCGGGUUCGAAAGUACAUUCAGUUGGUGGUGACGCCCUACAUGGCCAAGAUGGCCCCACCUUCAGCAGCAACUUCGACAGCAACACAAGGAACGAACCGACACGAACUAGACAACUCGAACGUCCAUGUGGCGUGGACAGGGCGGCGUCACAACUCGUCCCGCGGCGGUCGGCCUGCCAUCGACCGCUCCGUCGGCGGGGUUCCUGCAAGCUACAUGAAUCAUCACCAUGCGUCAUCGUCCUCUGUGACUUCUCCUCUGGGCGGGAGAUCGUCUCAAGUGUCGAUGGAAUCCGACGACGUGGACACACAGUCGUCUGCUGGGGGAGGGAAUGCGACCGAAUACUGGCGCCAGCAUACUGCAUUGAAAGCAGCCCAUUUCGAAACCUGCGCCGCCGUGUACCAUGCAUUUCAGCACUUUUUGACGAGCCAGCCAGUCGACUUAGCGUCGCCGCAGCGCCAAAAGCUCUUGUAUUUGCUCGGGUUUAUCGAAUUUUGCUGCCAAGUGCUCAGUGAGUCGAGUGCCACGCACAGCGCGCGCGCCAUGUCCGAUUUGAAGCGCGUGGUCAAGUCUAUCAACAAGAUUGUGACGCCAUAUAGACACAAAAUUGCAAGUGAACAACCACCGUCGAAAAAUCCACCCCAGUGUUUGAAUAACCACAAGGAUCAGUACCAUCACAACCCUAACCACAACCUCCCUCUAUCCGUGUCGACAGCUCACCCCGCCAAAAUCUUGCCCUCUGUACAAGACCUACUGAAUGGAACGACCUCCAACACCAAUCUCAGCCGUACCAGCAUCGACUCGACCCAGCAAUAUACUUCGUCGGCUGUUGUCGACAGGAAUGGGGGGCCCCAUCCUCAUGGAGGUGGUGCCGAUGCCGCAGAUGAGUACUGGCACCACGUAUCCCAGCUCAAAUCGACAUAUUUGAGUCAAGUGGUUGCGGCCCACACGUUUUUUGAUGCAUAUUUACAUCAAGAUGCAGCCCAUCACUCUCAGGAACACCUCCAAGACGUGGAGCAUCUAUGCGAUUAUGCUGCAUAUUGCCGCCAAGUUUUGACCGAAGUCCAGCCGUCACCCAGUCGCACCCUGCAGGAACUGCAUCACGUGCAUACGUACAUUACGACGCUGGUGCUGCCCCACUUUGCAUCGCUCCAAGCCGACACCGUCCAGCAGCAGCAGCAGCCUCCAGGACAACCCAAGACAAGCGAGGAAGCAGUGGCCCUGGAGACACAUCACCGCCAAACCAACCAGCACACUGACUUAUUUCUACAAUCGAUCGACCACCAGCAGCAGCAUCCACCUUGUAGGCCCGAUAACAAGGACACCGUGGGGUCUCGCGCGUCCACGUUCGAGUCUUCGACGUUCUAUGGUGUUGGUGCUACCUCGACGUAUUGGCGCAAGCACGCCGCGCUGAAAGAACUCUACAGUGACAAAGUAAUCCUAGUUCAAACUGCCUUUCGAAAGUACGCGUCCGAGUUUGCCCAUGCCAAAUCUGCUGCCGAGGCAAGAAAAUUGACACGGCUGUACGAAAUGCUCGAAUCUGUCGAGUUUUGUGCCAAAGUAUUUGACGAACAAGCUGUAUGUGACCCCGCACGAGACCUCGACAGCCUUGAGACCAUCCACCGAUGCAUCAUACAGAUUGUGAGCCCAUAUUGCCAACAGGUCGAAGCAGAAGCCGCGAGGGCGUGAGCCCAAUCGAAGUGACGUGGCAGUAGAAUUCCUUGUCAAUAGAGGCAUCUUGUUCAGGGAAGGCAGUGACGUACAGUAAUAUUGGAGCUUUGCCAAGGUGUCCUACAGCUCAGGAAUACCAUAGUAGCUGUAAAUGUACACACGAUUACAUCCAAUGCA